AUGUACACCCUGCCGUUAAAAAGAGUAGGCAGUGAAAAGAGUUUUGGCCCUGGCUUGGUUUCUGGAACGUGGCCUGCAGAGCAAGUUGUCGAGAUGCUCGAUGAGGUGUUAGUCGGUUGGCCAGAGAUUUGGGGAGUAAGUCUCGGAUACAUCACUCCUGGUCUUUUCCAGCAGACCCUCAAGUAUCUGGUGCUUCUCGUGGGUUUCAUAGACGCACUUCUUCGCUGUAAUCGUUUCAUCAGGCAAUGA